AUGUCUGCACCAUCACUCUCAUCAACCACUUAUCAGAGGCGUGCGCCUCUGAUGAGUAGGCUCACUGAAGUGGUCAGGACAAUGUGGGAUUUGGGGUUCAUCUCCUUUGGAGGACCGCCUGUUCACUUCCAAAUCUAUCACAAACGAUUCGUCGACGGCUACAAGUGGAUCGAUGAGCAGACGUACCAGGAAUUGUUUGCUAUCUGCCAGGCCCUUCCAGGGCCUGCGAGUACCAAGUUUGGGUUCUGCAUCACUCUAAUUCAUUCUGGGUUCAUACCCGCGCUUUUGGCGUUUCUGUUGUUCAGUUUGCCGGGAGUACUCGGAAUGUUUGCCCUAUCACUCGGCGUGUCGAGAAUGGACGAAACCCUCCCAAGGCCUGUUUACGCACUACUAUGUGGCUUGAAUUCAGCCACCGUAGGGAUCAUUGCUCUGGCUGCGGUUCAAUUGGGCCAGCGUGCUGUUACUGACAAAGUCUCCAGGGCACUCUUAUUUUUGGGUGCCACAGCGGGAAUGUUGUAUAACGCACUAUGGUAUUUUCCGCUCUUGAUGGUCAUCGCUGGUAUUGUGACAAUGUCAUACGAUGGAGGCCUUGGGCCUAAAGCCCUGCUUUACUCGAAGAACCUUUUCAAAAGGAUGCGUCAUAGACAAAGUAACAACGACAGACCUGUCGAAGAAGGACUUGGUGACGGAGCAUGGACUUCUUCGUCCGUCAAGGAGCCAGUUGCUGCUCACCGAAGAUCCAGUGGGCCAGCCGUGAACGAGGAGCUAGUAUCGCAGAAUCCCGAAAGUCAGGCCAAUGAAGUGAAUGAAGUGGUCGAGGGAGCGGCCACUACCACAGCCAACAAGAACAAGGUUUUCCCCAUGCCUCUUGCCAUCACGAUUGUGGUCGGAUUCUUCAUCUCCUUCAUCGUGAUUUUGGUGUUGAGAGCGGAAUUGAAGAGCCGGCCAAUUGGGUUGUCUCUAUUUGCGAACUUGUACCUGGCAGGAACAAUCAUCUUCGGUGGAGGGCCUGUCGUUAUUCCAUUGCUCCGACAAUAUAUCGUUGACGAAGGAUGGGUGACCGCUCGUGACUUCCUUCUCGGUUUGGCAAUUAUUCAGGCAUUCCCAGGGCCGAACUUCAACUUUGCCGUCUAUCUCGGUUCCCUCACAGCACUUAACUCAGGCUCCUUGCCAUCAGCUAUCGGGGCUCUCCUUGCUUUCAUUGCUAUAUUCACCCCAGGGAUGCUGCUCGCCUCAGCAACCAUUACAUUCUGGAACGAACUCCGUAGUCGACCUUGGGUUGCGUCUAUCCUCAGAGGUCUCAAUGCCGCUGCAGUAGGGUUGAUCUAUACCGCUGUCUAUAGGCUCUGGGAGAUGGGCUAUGUUGAUGAGAACCAUGCAAACGGAUCAUCAUUGGGCAGAGAUCCUUGGUGGGUUGUUAUCACGGCAACCUCCUUUGUGGGAACCGCUUGGUUCGGGUUUCCUGCGCCGUUCUCGAUCGUUCUUGGUGCUGCGAUGGGUCUCAUUUGGUUUGUGGUUGUGAAUGCAGGUCAGAGUGGAGCAGAGUUGUUGGGGACUGCAAUGAUGGAGCUUUGA